ACCCACCACCGGUAAUUGCUAUUGACGUGCUCCAAAGGCUGGGGGGAAUAAAUUUUUCUUUGGGACUAUUGGCAUUGUUGGCUCUUAUAAGAUUCCGAGAUAUGACAACACAAAAAGUGACGUUGUUAGUAUUGUCCGUGGCUAAUGGAACGCAGGCUUGGAACGAUGUAGUUAAUUGGAGAAGUGGUCGAUGGAAUUGGAAUAAUUUGGCAGAAAUUGGUGGGGGUGACGGAAUAAUUGCUUUGAUGAAUAUUGCGGCUUACU